ACGGCAGCGGCAGCGGUAUGACCGGCCACCACGGCUGGGGCUACGGCCAGGAGGACGGUCCCUCUGAAUGGCACAAGUUAUACCCCAUUGCCCAAGGGGACCGCCAGUCUCCCAUCGACAUUGUCUCCAGUCGGGCUGUCUAUGACCCUACUUUGAAGCCCCUGGUCCUGGCUUAUGAGUCCUGCAUGUCGCUAAGCAUCUCUAAUAAUGGACAUUCCGUCAUGGUGGAGUUUGAUGAUGUGGAUGACAGGACAGAUCAAAAGAUCUUUGCUCCGGAAGCAAUCCUACUGGGUCCCUGUAAUCCAGGGGAUCUUCACCUGCAGCUUUUGUGUGACCAUCCCUUUCCACAGCUCCAUUUGGUCCACUGGAAUGGAAAAAAAUACAAGACCUUUGCAGAAGCAGCUGCAGCUCCGGAUGGCCUGGCUGUGGUUGGCAUCUUCCUGGAGACUGGAGAUGAACAUGCCAGCAUGAACAGACUGACAGAUGCACUGUACAUGGUCAGAUUCAAAGGAACCAAAGCCCAGUUCAACAGCUUCAAUCCCAAAUGCCUCCUACCUGUGAACCUCCAGUACUGGACCUACCCGGGGUCUCUGACCACACCACCCCUGAGUGAGAGUGUGACUUGGAUAGUGCUUAAGGAGCCCAUCACAAUUUCAGAGAAACAGAUGGAAAAAUUCCGGAGCCUCCUUUUUACUGCAGAGGAUGAUGAGAAGAUCCGAAUGGUGAACAAUUUCCGGCCUCCUCAGCCACUGAAGGGAAGAGUGGUUCAGGCUUCUUUCAAGUCCUGA